ACAGAUGAAGAAUCUAGAGUGUACCUGCUUGAUAGAGGUAAUACUAGGGAGAAAGAUACCCCAAAGGAGAGAGGAUCAGAAAAGGGCAGGACAGAGGGAGAAAGAGAAUGGGAGGAUCAGGAAGCAUUGGAAUACUAUAUGGAUAAAGAGUCUGGGAAACAAAAAUUUAAUGAUUCUGAAGGGGAGGACACGGAGGAGACAGAAGAUUAUAGACAGUUCAGAAAGUCUGUUCUGGCAGAUCAGGGUAAGAGCUUUGCUGCAUCUCACCGGAAUACUGAGGAGGACAGCUCUAAGUACAAAUCUAAAAUCUCUAUGAAGACAAAUAGAGAGAGUGAAGGUUUUAGAGAAGAUAAAAAUUAUAAACUUAAAGAGACAACUAAUUAUGUAGUAGAGAGGCCUAGUUCACUAAAAGAUAAGCACAAGGAAGAAGAGAAAAUAUCUGAGAGAAUGAUGAAGAAAGAAACCCAGUCACCUGAGCAGGUAAAGUCUGAGAAGCUCAAAGAACUCUUUGAUUAUAGUCCCCCUCUGCACAAGAAUUUGGAUGCAAGAGAAAAAUCUACGUUCAGGGAGGAGAGCCCACUUAGGAUCAAAAUGAUAGCCAGUGACUCCCAUCGACCUGAAGUGAAACUUAAAAUGGCCCCAGUGCCACUUGAUGAUUCAAACAGACCUGCAUCGUUGACUAAAGACAGGCUGCUUGCUAGUACACUUGUCCAUUCGGUCAAGAAGGAGCAAGAGUUCCGAUCCAUCUUUGACCACAUUAAGCUACCACAAGCCAGCAAAAGCACAUCAGAGUCAUUUAUUCAGCACAUUGUGUCCUUAGUCCACCAUGUCAAAG